AUGUACGGGGAACAAUUCAGCGAGCUGGGUUUGAAGGAAGAAAUCGAGCGGAUGAGAUUAAGUGGCACAGAAGAGGAUAGCGACAAACUAUGUGAUCUCGAGCGGGCACUUCGUGCAGCGGAGGAAUUUGAGGACAAACCAAAUCCCGAGAAGCGGCGUGAAGUCAUCAGAAAAUUUUAUCCGGAAAAUUCAACGGAAAAUCAAACGAAAUAG